CCGAUCACAACUAAAGUUAAACUUUGUUUUUAUUUACUCAAAUCAAUGCGUCACCAAAUUCGGCAGAAAUUUGUCAUUUUUAUCGGAAUCCAUUCACAAUAGUUAACGCUUCGGUGUGAAUUUCUCCAAUAUGAAUCAGCUGUACUCUUCGCUAAUUGUGCUAAUAUCGUACCUGACGUUGUCAAAUACUUUCAAUAUUUCGCCGGUACCGAAUUAUGUAUUCAAAGAACCAGAAUUACUAACUGGCUUUCCGAAAUACGGCUCGUCUCUCUUCGGGUUUCAACUUACUUUGCGACAAUCUAGUAUUAUCAUUGGCGCGCCCAAAGCACAAUCUAACCUUCCAGCUCAGAAUCGCGUUAACGAAACCGGCGUUAUCUACAAGUGUAAAUUUACUGAUAGCAGUUGCAAUGUGCUUGUUUUUGAUGAAAAUGGAAACCAGAAAGGCAAUUCCAUCAAUUCGCAGCUGAAAGACAAUCAACUUUUGGGAUUUUCCAUGGAUGGAUUGGGUCGCGAUGAUCAGAAAAUGGUUGUUUGUGCGCCUCAUGUCAAAACAUCGCUUAUCCAUAGUGGCCAGAUGGAUUAUUUAAUGCAUGGGACAUGUUACUGGACCGAGAACGUUGAGGAUCCAAAUUUGAGUGAUAAUAAAAAUAUCAUUACCGCAUUUAAGGAUAUUAAUUUACAAACCAAUGAAGGAAGUUAUUACUAUUAUUUGGGAGAGAUGGGAUUCAGUACUCACAUUAAUGAUGAUAACGAUGAAAUCCUGUUGGGAGCUCCGGGAGUCAAUAACUGGAGAGGUAGCAUCGUACACGUGAAACAACAGAAACAGGAACAGGUUAGUGGCGGCACUGGCGAAGUUGGACCAGGAUUCGUUUCAGAUCGAUUAACAGAAGUUAUUUCGAAUGUGAUUCAACAUGAUGACUCAUACAUGGGAUAUGCCGUUGCAUCAGGCUAUUUCUUGCGAAACCCUCGUACUUUAUUUUACGUAGCAAGUGCCCCACAAGCUGAUCAACAAUCCGGUAGAGUUUACAUCUUUUCUAUCAAUAAAGACAAACAAAUGGUUCUUCACAAGAAAUUCAGUUCCUUGAAAAUGGGAGAAUACUUUGGAUACUCUCUCUUAGUUGAAGAUUUCAACAAUGACAACUUACCUGAUAUCGCGAUUUCCGCUCCGAUGUAUAGCAAGAGUGGCUUCGAAGACAACGGAGCAGUUUACAUCUACCGGAAUCUAGAUCAUUUUUCGUUUACAGAACCUGAGAGAAUCACAAGUGAUCGUGACGUUGCCGGUAGAUUCGGGACAGCGUUAGGUCGCAUAGGAGACAUUAACUUGGAUGGAUUUAACGAUCUUGCUAUCGGAGCUCCUUUUGAGGAUGAUGGAGCUGUUUACAUUUAUCUCGGCUCUGCUGAGGGCUUAAAUACAAGAAAAUACUCACAAAAACUCGUUCCAGAAAAGAGACAAGUUACCUCGAACAACUUUAUGUUUGGACAUUCAAUUACGAGAGGAGUUGAUAUCGAUCAGAACAAAUACAAUGACGUCGCGAUUGGAGCUCCAGGCGGCGAAAAAGCUUUCCUUUAUCGAACAUAUCCUGUGGGAAAAAUUGAAGCUACCUUAGUUGUUGCAAAGAAAGAACUACAAGAAACUGAUCGAAAGCUCAAAGUAACAGGAUGUUGGUGGAUUUCGUCAGUUACAUCAGUUCAAAAGGAUCUUGGCAUGACCUUGACUCUUAAGGCGGAUUUCUUGAACAAUCGAGCUAAAUGGCAAUCGAACAAUAACAAAAUUUAUGAAACAAAUGUCACGGUUAAUAGUCAACGGAAAUGCAUGGAGUUCGAUUUGCUCAUCGAUUACAAUCCAGGAUUAGUUUUUCGACCUAUUGAUAUUGAAAUGGAAUACAAAGUACAUGAACAGGCAGUAGAUACUGCGAACUUUUGUACGACUUGUGUGAAAAUUGAUUCGAAUGAAGUAAAUUCCAAGAAGGAAACCAUUAUUUACAGUACAGGAUGCGCUGGAUCAGUUUGCGUUGCUGAUUUGUCAGUCAAAGGGGAAAUUAUGUAUUUGACCCCGCCAUUCAUUUUGGGAAGCCAAAACUCACUCACAAUUGAAUACAUUGUGAAAAAUCGCGGCGAACCGGCAUAUUUGCCCCAAAUCCGUAUCACAAUCGACAACAACGUUGCAUCAUUCGCUCGAAUUCCCUCAUCAUGCAAACUAAUGGACUCGAAUGAGCGUGAACUCGUGUGUGACUUAACACAGGGAAAUCCAAUAAAGACGAAUGACGUUCAAAAAUUAAAGGUCAGCAUCGAUACCAGUAAAUUGGAAGGAAAUGAUUUUUCCGUAUCAGCUGCCGUAACGAGUUCCGGUGCCGAAAGUAGUGAGACAGACAAUAAAAUUACGACACAUAUUGCGUUAGAUGAACUUAGUCAUGUGGAAAUUACUGGAAAAUCUAAUCUUGAAUCAUUUGCUUUGGAAAAUAUCGAAGAAACGGAAAUUCGUAUUACGCAUACUUACCAAAUAGUGAAUAACGGUCCAAGUACUGUUCGAGACAUGUCUGUGGAUAUUUUUGUUCCCUCAAAAUACUUAGAAAAAGACAAGAAAAAUCCAAUUCAAAUUGUUGACGUUGCUGCAAUUUCCAUCGCUGGCAGUUACAAUGGACAAUAUCUUCAAUGGACGAAAUUUAGUGACGCUUUACCGGCAAUCGCUAAUAAAGUUCGUUCCAAACGAGAUACGAAACCGAAUAGAAGUCGCGUUUCUUUGGAUGAACUUCCUCCGGAACGAACAAUUUUCUUCACGUGCGAUAACGAAGGGUAUGAAAGUAACUUGUGUGUUAAUACAAUAACUAACGUCAAGAAUUUCCGUCGUGGUAAUGAGCCGAUCGAAGUUACACUAAAUUUUACGUUGAAAGUUGAGGUUUUUGACAAAGUUUUCACCGAAACUCAAGACAUUUUCAAGCUACAAACUUUUGCAAAAGUUAAAAAACCUCUCCACGAACGACCAGAAACCCUUCAAGUCGAAGCUCAUCAAGCGAGUGUCGUUAUUUUCAAAUAUGUUCCUGCCUCAACUCCUAUUUGGAUCAUCAUCGUGUCAAUUCUUGCUGGAAUUAUCUUGUUAGCAAUUUUGUCGUACGUUUUAUAUAAAAUGGGAUUUUUCAAGAGAAAUCGUCCAGCGGACAAAAUGAAUCUUAGGUCCCCCGAUGAAAUGGAGUUAAAGGGAACGAACAGUGAUGACGACGAUCCUUAAGCACUCUAAGCCAGUAUUUCGUGAUUUUGAUCAAAUUAACCAAAAAUUUAUAGAAUAUAUUAUUUUUUAUUCAUUA